AUGCCAGUAGAAGGGAAAUACCCAUCAUGUGCUUCAUCUGAACAGCUUGCAAAUAACUUUGCAGAUUUUUUCGACAACAAGAUAGAUUCCAUCAAAAAGGAUUUGUCCACAAAAUCUGCAAAUCUAUUAUGUUCUCAUAUCAUGGACACAACUUUAUUAUCAAAAGACACCAAACUUGAAUCAUUUGCGCCUACAACGACGGAGGAUUUGCUUGUGCUCACACAAAAACUGGUUAAAAAAUCAUGCAUACUUGACCCAAUCCCAGCGAAGGUACUAAUGGAAUGUUAUACUGAUUUAUUACCGGUUAUCACUAAAAUAACUAAUAUUUCACUGGAAACAGCCACUGUGCCAAACAAUUUAAAAUGUGCUGCUCUUGAUCCAAGACUUAAGAAAGAUAGUCUAAGCACUGACGAAUUUUCAAGUUUCCGGCCUAUUUCAAACCUUAAAUUUGUAUCAAAAUGCAUAGAGAAAGUGGUAGCAACUCAGUUGGAUCAACAUAUCACAAGUAAUAAUUUGGACGAACCCAUGCAAUCUGCGUUCAAGAAACACCAUAGUACCGAGACGGCAUUAAUAAAGGUUCAAAAUGACAUUCUACAAGCCAUUGAUAAUCAAAAUUCAGUGAUUUUAUUGCUGCUUGACAUUUCUGCCGCCUUCGAUACGAUUGAUCACGAAAUAUUAUUGUCCAGGCUAUCUUCUAG